UGCCAGUUAGCUGACGUAGCCGACCAAAUACGUGUAAUCAACACAUAUCAGCGGCCAGUUUCCUCGUUCCUGCUCUCUUCCUCAUACCACCACUACACGACCAGUUUCCAGCUUACGGAUAUCUUUAUUGACACGUUUUCCUCUUCAAAAGUCAAAUGUCAGCACAAAAAGUUCAGCAGCACCCCGUUGUUGUGCAAGCUCAGAAUAAGUUGGGCUACUAUCAUAGCCAGCUCGACAAGGAGCUCACCAAUUACCCAAUUUUGUUAAACCUCGAACGAAAGACUCAGAUUCCAAAGACAUACGCAGUUCUCGCUGCCAGUUUCCUCGUGGUAUUCCUUCACCUUUUCAACCCUCUCGCUGCACCGAUUUCAAAUCUCGUCGGCUGGGUCAUCCCAGCUUAUCUCUCAUUCAAGGCCCUCGAAACGCCCUCUGCUCAGGAUGAUAUCCAAUGGUUGACAUAUUGGGUUGUUUUCGGUUUCUUCAACUUCCUCGAGAGCUUUGCUCUCAGCGUUCUGCUCUACUACCUUCCAUGGUACUUCGCUUUCAAGACAAUCUUCAUUCUCUGGCUUCAGUUGCCCGCCUUCCGCGGUGCACAAACGACCUAUCACACUCUUUUGAAGCCCGUUUUUGCCAACGUCAGUAACUCUACUGUUGUAAGACACACUGAGACUUCAGCUGAGGUGCUCCGGGAACGUGCUGGCGCAGCUACUGAGUGAAGGAAGAAGUAGGUCGAGUUGAAAGGGGAAAUUUUUCUGUUAAUGGAGUCACUAAUUCAUCCGUCCGCAUCAAUGACGAUCCACAUGACUUCCUCCUAUC